GUUCAUGGUCGUCAUGUCGAAAUAUAGCACUCAAGUGACCAAAUGAGGAGCGACGCUGGUCAUCUUAUCCUUGGUCCAUGGUGGAGUGUUCCUGAAUCGCUUCAAACUUUCUGAAUGGGCGAUGAAUGGGAGAUGAAUGGGUUUCAACGGCUUUCAACGCGGGUCGACAACGCCAACGGCAAUUGGCACUCGCAGCCUGCUUUGUCUUACGCGCCGGACUCGCUAAUGCAUUAGGGUUUGUUCUGAGCUCAAGUUACAAUGUCUACAACCGAAAUGCUGUCCUAUCUCGCACGUCACGCAAGGUGGAAUAUCUCAGACGAUGCUCAGCUUUGUUCACACAUGCAUGAACUACAUUACAACUUGAUCUCUCGAUUCCUUGUCCCAAUAUCUUGGUGCAUGAAGUUGGCACGAAG